AUGGCUGGACUCCAACCCAAUAUUUGGGCUGGUGUUGCGAUCCCAUGGCUCGCGGCUUUGACGUCCCUCAUUCUUCGUGUCUGCGCCCGGCGUAUGACCAAGAUGAGCUGGUGGUUUGAUGAUUACUUCACCAUCCUGGCCUUUCUCUUCGCGACGGGGUAUUGUGGUAUCAUGGUUGAAUGGACGCUUCAUGCAUAUCUCGGAGUGAACAUGCCCGACUCAAUGCCUACCGAUGAACGUGAGGCAAUUCUACAGCGAGCACGCUUUCUGGCCUACUUCAACUCCCUCUGCUACGCUUUAACACUCGCCUGUUCCAAGCUCGCCAUUUUAUUUUUGUACUGGCGCUUGUUUCGCAUUUCAUCCAUCCGAAUUCCAAUCAUGAUCAUGAUUGUUGUGGUCGUCAUCUGGAUUAUUCUCAGAACAUUCAUGCUCACAUUUCGUUGUGUCCCCAUCCAGUCACUUUGGGAUUACACUAUUACAGACAAGGUCUGUAACAUCAACAGCGACCAGUUCUUUUUGGGCACCAUCACGGCUCACUUCAUCAUGGACGUCAUCAUCUUGGUCUUACCUAUUAUUGAAGUCUUCAGACUCAGACUUAAGACUGGUCAGAAGCUGGCAAUCGGUGCCCUAUUCCUUCUUGGCACCAUUGUGUGUGUUGCAUCGAUGUUUGUGCUCAUUGUGCUUGUGAAUUACCCCGACAACACAACACAGAUGCCUCAUGACUAUGCCAUGUUCUGUAUUCUGGGAUCUGUUGAAGUCAAUAUCGCCAUUGUCUCUGCAUGCUUCCCGCUUCUUCGUCCAAUCUUUAUUCACAUUCUCCCAUCCAGCUUCCUCAGUUCGUACGGGAAAAGCAGCCAGCCUAUCAGCCGCCCGAGCAAUGCCAUCAAACUCACCACACUUAUUCGGACAAAUAAGGAUCGCGAAGCUGAUGAAACAAGUUCAACGCAUCAAUUGGCCGACAUGGAGAACGGACUGCAUUAUCAUUCUGGUGACGCGCAUCAGGUCGAGGGAGUGCAUACUAUGAUAUCGAGUGAACAGCCUGGUUCUAGCACUGAAUUUGAGACGACUGGAAUCCACGUGCGAAACGACACGGUUGUGGAGAUUAAGCAAGUUGAAAACAAAGGCUUUUAUCGUCUUGAGUAA